UGAGCUGUUGUACAGUCUGCUGGGAAGCAGCGGCAAUAUGUUCAGAACAGAUCAUAGAUCAUUGUAGUGGUCUAUUUGACAGAAAGCAACAUACCGGACUUUCUGUCUCACAAUGUUCUCUGAAUGUUCAGGGUGGACAUAACUGUUCAUUAAUAAUGGAGAUCCACUUAGACUGCCAAUAUGAAUGCAUUAGGUGAACUAAUCCACACAGGCCAUUUCUCUUUUUGUCCUUUGUGUUUGUUUAUUCAGAUGUUUCAUGGGUUUUCAUUUUUUCUUUUUCAUAUCCCAUUCACCUUUUACAGUAUAUACAUGUAAGUCUGAGCAUCUUGUCGGGUCCUUCUAACAGACAGAAGCCAAAAUGUCUUCGGAAGUUGUUCAGCCUUAACCCAUCUCCAAAGAGAGUUCUUGUUCGCAGCUAUGCACAAGUGGUUGUUCGUGCAAUUUUAUCUCGGAGAUAUAAGUGGUUCCUUUGUACACCUAAUGCACCGUAGCUUUCAGAAAGUGAAGGAAGACUUUUGCUUUUGAGUGAAAUCAUCAUCAUAGUGAAGUUGAAAAUAAUAAUGCACAGUGCCGAGUAGGACUCGUUUCAAGAUGUUAUUUGCACAUCAGUUAUGUGAGAAGAAUUUGUGUUUUCUGGUAUGCAGUCUAUUUAUGUUCUAUUCUAUUAAAUAUUCAGUUAAAAGUGUAGCUCACUUGGCCACAAGUCUUUCAUUUAUAUUGUAGAUUAGGAAUGGCCUUUCUAUUCAGCCUUAAAGCACACAACCUCUGCUACUACUGCGGCUUAGUGUAGUGAUCUGUGCUGAUAUCACAAAGGGCAUUUAGAUCCAAAGAAUUACCAAAUUUGUUUGUAAUUUGUGACCUGCAAUCUGUUGUGACCCCAAAACAGGUUGGAGAGGUUGGACUGACAAAACUACAUAAGGUUAAAGAAAAGAUUUUUCUUAAAAUGUAGACUCAGACAACAUUAAAUACAAGCUUUCAUACACGAGGAUAAACAUGUUUAGUGCUGACCACCGUGUGUUUUGUGUAGUGUAUUAGCUGCCAACCAGCUUAAACCACUUGAAAUCGAUACAUUUAGAACACAAAAUAGUUACAUUUCUUAUUUAUUCCUAUUACCAGUAUGCAAAUUUAUAAGUGUAAGCGAUACACACAAUUAUUAAUAAUCAUUUAAAUGUAGUUCAUACAGGUUGAUUGUAUAUUGUUUCACAUGGUCAAGUUAUGGAAAUAUUAAUGUCACGAUUGAGGGGUCUGAGGCGUGCGGAUCCGUUCGCUGGCUUUUAUUGAGCAAAGGCAUGGUCAAAACAGGCAGGCGUCAAAUCACAGCAAACAGGAGUAUCAGAGGCAAGGCAACAACAGAAUCCAAAAACAGGCAGAGGUUGGGUCAAAGGCAGCAAACAAUCACAGUAUCAGAAGACAGGCAGGGCCAAAACCAAAGAAUCUAUGACUCAGGAAACACAAAGAAACUAGGAACAACAAUCAAACAAUACAAUCUGCAGGUGAGGGGCCUGCUGCAGCAUUUAUAGUCCAGGAACAGGAAGUAGUAGCAGAGGGAGUGAACGCAGAUCACCCAGAGGUAAGAGCUCCCUCUGCUGGCUUGGUGACAAUUAAUAUGUAUAAUUUAAUUGCACUAAUGGGUUAAUUCAAACUAAAGUGCAACUAGAUAAGGUGUACGGUAUAGAUACACAAAGUACACAAAUACAAUCUUGAUGCACUUUAUUUUAAGUAGUUUAUAUCUUAAAAAUAUAAGUACAAUGACUACCACCAAGGACUUACUAGGUAAUUACUCUGUACACCUUAAAACAAAAGUGUUACCAACGGUUUCUUUAAAAGGCUUACUCACCCCAAACAUUUAAGUGUCUUUUGAUUUACAUGUCCCUUUUUUAAAACAGGUGUCAGUUUGAUGUCAUCAUACCAUGGCGGACAUGGACUAUCUCCAUAACGAAUCGUGGACAAACAUGUCUUCAGAUGCAUCUGCCUCAUCUUUCAGUGGACUGCAGCUCCUAAUGGACCUGAAGCCACUCUUCAUCCCUCUGUAUGCCAUGCUCGUCCUGGUAGCCUGCUCUGGAAAUCUCCUCCUCCUCAUCCUCAUCGGCCUGAACAAGAAACUUCACAGCACUACAAACUUCCUCAUCGGAAACCUAGCGCUGGUUGACCUCAUCAUGUGCCUGUUCUGCGUUCCCCUGACUGCGUUUUACGCCUUCGAUGAGCGUGGUUGGGUUUUUGGCCAGUUCAUGUGUCAUUUUGUUACCCUGAUGCAGACCGCGACUGUGUUUGCGGCCGUUCUGUCGUUAACCGCCAUCGCGGUGGACCGAUACGUGGUGGUCGCGUACCCGAUUCGCCGUCGUGGAGGUCGUUCCUUCUGCGCUUGGUUGGUGGUCAGCAUUUGGCUCUGUGCGUUAGCAAUGUCCACCCCGACGGCUCUGCACACGGUCUACCUGGAUCUGAGCGCAACGGGGCACGAGAUGGUCAUUUGCGAGGAGUUCUGGCAGGGGCAGGAGCUCAGUCGUCUAAUAUAUUCAUGUUUCUUCUUGCUCCUUUCUUAUUUUGUUCCUCUAGCAGCAGUUUCCAUAUCCUACUGUGCAAUCUCCUGCCACCUGCAACACAGAGCUACGCCUCGGCUCAUGGCUGCUACACCCUCCAACCAGGAAAAGUGGGGGCGAAAGAGGCGUAAAACGUUUCGACUCCUACUGGUGUCCGUUCUGUCAUUCGCAUUUUCCUGGCUUCCCUUGCAGGUGGUCAACCUCAUACGUGACCUGGACACCGACUUCGCCAUCCUCAGCAAGAAUCACAUCAACGUGAUCCAGGUGUCGUGCCAUUUGUUAGCCAUGAGCUCGGCUUGCUACAACCCCUUCAUUUACGCUUCUCUGCACAACAAGUUUCUUUCAUAUCUAUGCCAGAACAUAUUUAGAAGAAGAAGACCUCAUGGUACUCAGAGCAGCCUCACAACCUCCAGCCGAGUACUUCGCUUGAAUACUUCUAGCACUCUGACCGACAUUCCCAUGGCCAUUAGCAAGAUUUCGCAAUACUGAAUCUUCUCUCCAACACACAGAUGUUGCUUCUUUAGUUCUAGAACUGAACAGAUGAAUACUGUACCCAUGAUCAAAGCUAAUUUGUUAAACCAAUGACUCUGUUUUGGUAAAGGGAUAGUUCACCCAAAAAUCAUAAUGCUGUCUUCUAGAUCAGGAACAACACGAAAUGGGGAGUAAUUAAUAACAGAAUUAUUUUUGGGUGAACUAAUGUUUGUAUCAACUAUUUCUGGCCAAGUUGUUUAGAUGUUACUAGCAGAAUGGUACUUUUUUUCAUAUGUCUUGACCAGUAGGUGGUGAUGUGCCAAAAAUACCCGUGCACUGUCAUGUCUGUGUGAUAUGUAUCAAGUUACAUCUGAAUACCUCCUUUUUGGCAAGCUUUGUCAAAUUUAUUUGUGUGUUAUUCGAAAAAGGCUUGAUCGAUCAUCUUGAAUUUCCUAAGUUUUGUCGGCAUGGUUUGAUGUUGAUUGUUGAUUUCUGUAAAAUGUUUGAAAAUGAUU